AUGUCUGCAGUAUCUUCAAGACCUAUUGUCCUCUCAGGCCCCUCUGGCGCCGGAAAGUCGACUUUCUUGAAGCGUCUCUUUACCGAGUAUCCAGACAAGUUUGGAUUCAGUGUCUCUCAUACUACCCGUGCGCCUCGUGCUGGAGAAAGAGAUGGUGUCGAGUACAACUUUGUGACUAGAGAAGAGUUUUUGGCUGGUGUUGCGCGCGGCGAAUUCAUUGAGUACGCAGAAUUUUCGGGAAACUUGUACGGCACCACAAUUAAUGCUGUUAAAACCGUUGGUGAUAAGGGCAAAAUUUGCAUCUUGGACAUUGAUAUGCAGGGAGUCAAAUUAGUCAAACAGACUGAUCUGAAGCCCUACUAUAUCUCCGUCCAGCCGCCAUCAAUCGCAGAGCUCGAGAAGCGUCUUCGUUCUCGGGGUACCGAGAAGGAAGAAGAUAUCGUUUCGCGUCUUGCCGCGGCUCAGGGCGAAAUCGAUUAUGCUAAGGAGGAAGGCACAUACGACGAAGUCAUUAUCAACGACGAUCCUGAAACAGCUUAUGCCAGAUUCAAGGCCUUUAUUAAUAAGGGUAAAUUGGAGUAA